AUGAAACGUCCUCACGAACUUGAUACUGAAAACUCCCCUGAAGAAAAGAUUAGCAAGACUGAUUUUAUUCUUGAUGGUACUCGUGGUUUCCGAAAAUGUGCGAUGCUUAUUGUCUACUCUGGAACUGGAUACUAUGGAAUGCAAAAAAACGAGGGAUUUAAAACAAUUGAGGGUGAGUUGCUAUCCGCUCUUUACAACGCCGGCUAUAUCACCGAGGAGCAUGUUAAGAAUCAACAGCUUAUUAAUUUCUCUCGUGCUUCUAAAACUGACAAGAAUGUAUCAGCCACAGGCCAAGUGUGUUCUUUAAAGCUCCCAAUUUCUAACCUCUCCGUUCAUAAAAUCAAUUCGCUCUUACCAGAUCAGAUCAGAGUUCUUGAUGUAUUUCGCGUUACCAAGGGGUUCAACCCAAAAACUGCGUGUAAUCAUCGAGUUUACCAGUACCUCAUUCCAACUUUCGCCUUUGCCCCUCGCGAUAGUCUUCUAUUAAACGACUGUUGGAAUUAUCGAUUGCCUUCUGAGAGGCUUACCCGUGUUAAUGAACUCUUACUUCGAUAUAAAGGCACUCAUAAUUUCUUCAACUUCACAUCUAGAAGGCAAAUAUCUUAUUUACUUUCAACUUUUGUAUUAAUUACUUUGGAAGCUCCAAAUGACAAGAGUUGCGUUCGAUACAUUAUGUCAAUGGAAUGCGGAUCUCCAUUUUUACUUGAUGGUGAUCGUGAAUUUGCUAUUAUUUCCGUGCAGGGUCAGUCUUUUAUGCUUCACCAAAUUCGGAAGAUGAUCGGCUUGGUUAUUGGCAUUGUCAAGGGUUACACGACGGAAGAUGUAUUUGAGAAGGUUUUCGAAACUGAACGCAUGGAUAUUCCAAGAGCCCCGGGUUUGGGUUUGCUUCUCGAUCAGGUUUGUUUCACCCGUUACAAUAGCCGUUUCUGUGCUGACGACAGUCAUAAGUCGAUUGAUUGGGAGAGGUAUAAGCAUCAAAUUGAAAAAUUCAAAGAAGAAUAUAUCUUCAAACACAUGGUCAAAUGCGAAGUGGAAGAAAAUUCAAUGUUCGAAUGGAUGUCAAACCUGAACCUUCACACAUUCGAUAAGCGCGAUUCCGGUUCUCUACAAAGCAGUGCCUCAAGUUCUCCCUCAGCAAGUCCCAAUCCAGCUAUUAAUUAUACUGAUGGUGAUGAAAUUUUUACUAACCCUUAG